CCACAAUUAUUUUAUAAAUUUCGACCUUGCUGCUUCAUACCAACGCUAAACAAUAUCUUCUCCUUCCUCUUCCUCUGUUUAUUUUUCCAAAGCUAAAAGCCAUGUCUCAGACUGUUGUUCUCAAGGUUGGUAUGUCAUGCCAGGGAUGUGUUGGAGCUGUGAAGAGAGUUCUGGGAAAAAUGGAAGGUGUAGAAUCAUAUGACAUAGAUUUGGAGCAGCAGAAAGUGACUGUGAAGGGCAACAUCCAGCCCGAUGCCGUUCUGCAGACCGUGUCGAAGACCGGAAAGAAAACUGCCUUCUGGGAAGCCGAAGCAAAGCCCACGGAGGCUGUUGCUGCGGCGUAAUCUGUUUCCGGGUUUGCUUGAUGGAUCGCUGUGCAAUAUUAGCUUUGUUAAAACUUACUGCAGUUUGUAUGGAUUGUAGAACAUGUAUACUUACUUCCCUUUAACAUGGAAGCUAAAAUAAGUUGAUGGGUGCUUUUCAUUUUGCUUUCUCGUGA